CAACGAUUGUAGCUUGACAUAUCCCAAAUACCCAAAGAGAAAACACACCAGUUGACGUAUAUUCUUUUCGAGACCGUCGUUGUUUUCUUUACACAGUUUGAGUGAAUAGUUAUGCUUGAUUCUUCUGGUGCACACGUUGUUUUAGCUUCAUCCAGCGACGAGAAUCACCCACCCGAAAACAUCACUGAUGGAAACAAUAAAACGUUUUGGAUCUCCACCGGGAUGUUUCCUCAGGAGUUCAUCAUUCGCUUUCCUGAAACGACCAACAUUUCUACCGUGAUAAUGGACAGCUACAACAUUAAGCAUCUAAAGAUAGAGAGGAAUACCUCAUCAAAUGCGACUAACUUUGAGCCUGUCACACAGGAAGAGUUGGGACGCACAGAGGGACACCUCCAGUUGAAUUCUAUUUCACUAAAGGGCUGCAGUGCAACCCAUCUACGUUUUAUCAUCACUGAGGGAUACGACCACUUUGUGUCAGUACACAGAAUCAGUGUGAAAACUUGAUGAACUUUAAUUGAGAAAGUGUUGUAAAUUAAAUACCCAUUUACAUUUAUGUAAAAAGUGUAUCUGUGUUUUGCUGUUUGUUAGUUAGUGCAUACAUUUUAAUCUGCAUUGCAAUCACAUCAUGAUAUAAUGUUAUUUCUUAUUGCAGUAGCACCAGCUGCAGACAAGACAUAUGGCUUAAAGCUGUGAGGCGUUUUUCUGUUCAGCCUCUAAUUCCAAGAUUAGCCUCAAACCAUAUUUACUGUUUUUAGGUUAUGUAAUGUUGUGGAUUCGCUUCUAAAGCUUUUGUCCUGCAUUCGACUGUUCCUGCUAAUUUCAGUAGCUGAUAGUUGGCAACGCUUUGGAAUAAAAGGCUUGGAUUGCGUUGAA